GUAGGUUUAAAACCCACCAUUUCAGUCUCCACCGCGCUGUCAUUUCAGUCUGCAACGGACCAUUCCACAGGAACCAUUGGUAUGGACCUCAUCACCACUGGAGUUUUGAGUGAAGGGUUGGGAAGGGAGAGCCUGGCAUUAGCCACUUGCAACCUCAUUAUGGAAAAGAUACAUCUGGGAGGGCCAUCAUAUCGGUUGAUUGAGAAUGUACUGUUCUUUUUUGAAAAGGAGAGGAUAUUGUCAACUUACACUCUGAAUCGAAUAUGUGCGGAUACUGGAAGAGUUGAAGAAGCACAGUUCAGGCACCAAACCUAACCUCAAUGAUGUAAAUAUCGCAAUUGUAUCUAUGUAUUCUUGUUGAAUUAUUUGCUGAUAUAUCCUUAUUUGAAAUUUUAACAUAUGAGAAUUGCACUCUACAUAAUACAAGUAGUUUUUACUUUCUCAUUUAGCAACAAAUCAAUGAUAAGUUUUACUUGACAAUUCUAUAUGAUCACGUACUAGAUUCAGUAGAUUGUACCGAGAGUCCGAGACCAAGACUUCCAUUGUUUUAAAUAAAACAUUGAUGUUUU